AUUGAGUAAAACUAGAUGGAUCAAUCAGAAUUGAUUCUAACAUCGAAGAUGCUCUAUCGCUUGAUUUUCCUGCUUUGCUUGGUCGCGGCUGCCAGAGCCGACGAUGCUCAAUCACCGAAGAUAAUAAUCGUUGGUGCCGGACCGUCUGGAAUCGCCGCGGCUUCGAAGUUACUCGAGAACGGUUUCAACAAUGUCCUAAUCUUAGAAGCCGAAGAUCGAAUAGGCGGUCGAGUUUAUACAACCCCGUUUGACAAGUACGUGGUUGAUUUGGGUGCGCAAUGGAUCCACGGAGAAAAGGACAACGCGGCGUACGAAUUGGCAAGUCCUUUGAAUCUCACGGAUCAUGCGUCGCCGGAUACGCUCGACCAUAUGAAAACUUAUAUGUCCACUGGAGAACUGAUUGAUCCCGCGAUUAUGAAGAACCUCACGAUAUUUUACCUUGAACUGAUGGAAGACCACGCUAUCAUGUCCUCUGACGAAUGCAAACGAAGCAUCGGCAAAUGUUACGUGCAUAAGUUGAGGGAGCAUUUCAAGAAAUUACCGGAACUGAAUGACACGAUGCAGGAUCAAUUUCUGUGGCAUUACAAUCUCGUACAGACUGGCUAUGACCCUGCCGAUAAUUGGACCGACAUCGCUUCGGAUAAUUCUGACGAGUACCGGGUGUCCGAAGGAGACCAAGUCAUAAAUUGGAAGGAACGAGGAUACGGUACCAUUCUCGAUAUACUAAUGAAAAAAUUCCCAAACCCUGAGGAAGAGUUACCCGUGUUAAAUAAGACUAUACUUAACGCGGAGGUAUCGAAGGUCGAUUACUCGAACGAAGAUGGUACCGUGAAAGUGACUACGAGCGAUGGAAAAGAGUAUACAGCCGAUUAUGUAAUUAUGACACCUUCUCUAGGUGUGCUCAAAGAGAAAUACGAAACUAUGUUUAAUCCUCCGUUACCGGAAGACAAAGUCCGAAACAUUAAGGGAUUGGGAUUUGGAAACGCUUGUAAAAUCUUUCUAGCAUUCGAUGAUCCCUGGUUCAAUCCGCAGGGAGUGAAGAACGGAGGUCACAGUAUUUUGUGGAGCGUGGAUGAAUUAGAGACACUGCAUACAGAUCCGAAAACCAUGUGGAUGGUCUAUGCAUUAGGAUUUUAUUUUGUCGAGCACAAACCUAACUUGAUGUAUGUAUGGGUUUCCGGAGAGGGUGCGCGGCUAAUGGAUGACCUUACGGAUGAGGAAGUUUUCCAACAAACAAAAACGAUGUUAAACAAUUUGCUGUCGAAACAUUUUAAUGUCACCGAACCGAAGGCGAUGAUAAGGAGCAAAUGGCAUCAAAAUCAACACUUCCGGGGUACAUACAGUUUCCGAAGUUUAGAGACAGUGAACACGAACAGCAGCGCGAAGCAAUUAUCUGAGCCAAUUAUGAAGAAUGGAAAACCGGUGGUAUUGUUCGGAGGUGAGGCCACUCAUGAACACAAAUUUUCUACGGUACAUGGGGCGAUUAGCACGGGAUGGAGGGAAGCUGAGAGGAUAAUGAAUCUUCAUAAGAAAACAAAUGAUGAAGCUUAAAAUUGUACAAAAGAUUUUAUUUCAAUGGAUUUGUGUAUCAUUGUACGUGUCACAAUGAACACGAAAUGAUCAUGACAAAUAUAUAUAGCUUGAUCAAAAUUAGAUCGUAGCAUAUAAAAUAA